AUGGGAUGUGGAUCAUCAAAGCAUCACGGUUCGCCGUCACCUAACAACAACAAUACAGUAUCGUUGGCAAAAACAAAUAGUAAUAGCAAUCCUCAUGCCAAACAAGCUUCAUUGUUCAGACCAAUCAAAGAUAAAUUCCAAUCGCUCGAUGAAGUACAAAACGCUCUCAGACAAGCUGGUCUUGAGUCAUCUAAUCUUGUCAUUGGUGUAGAUUAUACUAAAAGUAAUACUUGGAAUGGUGCAAAGACAUUCGGUGGUAGAUGUCUUCAUCAAAUUACACCGGGUCAAUUGAAUCCAUAUCAAGAAGCCAUUGCAAUUGUCGGUGAGACACUGUCUGUGUUUGACGAUGACAAUCUCAUCCCAGUCUAUGGUUUCGGUGACAGCAGAACCACUGACAAGUCAGUGUUCAAAUUCACAACGGACAGACCAUGCUUUGGAUUCCAAGAGGUACUCAACACCUACAAUGAAAUCACCCCAUUGAUCUCAUUGUCUGGACCAACUAGUUUUGCUCCACUCAUUCGUGAGGCCAUCAAUAUCGUUGCUCAAACCCGUCAAUAUCACAUUCUCGUUAUUAUAGCCGAUGGUGAGGUCACCGUUGUAAACGAAACCACCAAAGCAAUCGUAGAGGCUUCUUCCUAUCCUCUUUCCAUCAUCACAAUCGGUGUAGGUGAUGGACCAUUCGAUUUAAUGGAGAAAUUCGACGAUGAACUUCCAGAAAGAAAAUUCGAUAACUUCCAAUUUGUAAAUUAUAAUACCGUUAUGUCUAGAGCUGAGAACAGAAAGGUUGACUUUGCAGUUGCUGCUCUCCAAGAAAUUCCAGAACAAUUUGCUGCAAUUAAACAAUUAGGUUUAUUGGCUAAUUAG